UCCAUUGUCUGACCCCCGUUCCUUUCUUUUUUUGUUUUGUUUAAACCAUUAUAAACCUCAAUCUAUUCGUCAUGCGAUAAGCGUAUCUCGUAUCAUUACUUGAAUUGAACAUGCGAAUUAACGUUAGUCAUCUCACUCGUCGCUUAACUCGUCAACUGUUGAAUGUAUGUGAUCAGGACACGCGACAUGCUCAGCGAGAGUUACAUUGGAUGCUCAGUCACGUCGCAGCCACCAGUAAAAGCUCAAAGACGACGGAGAGCUUGACAUUCCACGAUGCGCAGCGACUGACUGACAUGGUCAAGGAUCGGGUUGAACACCAUAAACCCCUUCAAUAUAUCUUGGGUAGCCAACCUUUCUGCGACCUUGAUAUCGUCACCCGUCCACCUACGCUCAUCCCACGCUGGGAGACUGAGGAAUGGGUAUACCGGCUGUUGGAGCAUUUGAAGCAGCAUCAUGGCAAGCGACGGAUACUGGACCUGUGCACUGGAUCGGGAUGCAUUGCCCUUGCUCUUGCGCGACACUUACCUCAAGGCACAGCAGACAUCCACGCCGUUGAUUUUUCUCCAUCAGCAUUAAGUCUUGCUCGUCUGAAUGCCGAGCUGUUAACGCCUCAACUCGCCAAUGCCGUGAACAUUGAAAAAAUGGAUGUGCUCAAUGCGAACGACUUUAAACUCGGUGGCGCCUCUUUCGACUUGAUUGUAUCCAAUCCACCCUAUGUGACGCAUGCAGAGUACGCCGAACUUACGCCUGAUGUCAAGGAAUGGGAAGACCGUGCUGCUCUGGUGGCUGAUAACGAGGGCAUGGCCUUUCAUCUUCAUAUCGCCAACGUCAUCGGUAAAAACAAUGUGCUAUCCAAUACGCACAAUUGGCCACGUCUGGUCAUGGAGAUAGGAGGUACGCAUCAAGUAAGCGAGAUAACAAAAGCACUACAUGCAAAUGGCUUGUCACGAGUCGAAGUUUGGAAAGAUUUGGCGGGCAAAGACAGAGCUAUAGCUGCAGGAUAAUGAGGUGGCCCAGAGGAAACACUUGUAACCAGGAUGACUAGUAUAACAGUGAUAUAUCUUUUAAGCUGUUUACCUUUGUUUAUAUAAUUGUUGUAUAUACAGGGAUAGUAAUAUAAUAAUGAUG